UUGAGUGGAGCUAUCUUGCAAAACUUCCAUUAAUUCUCUCAAAAAAUAAUUCUCAAUCUCUUCGUUUUUACUUACACACUCAUAUAGAUAUAUACCCAUCCAAGACUCUUUUCAACUCAGGAGGAGAUUUGAUUGUUGCAUGGAUGGAUCCUUCAACUGAACACAACCAGGAAAUGGGUUCCCAAACACUAGAAAGCAUGUUGGUUUGCACAAAACUCCAGCAAGAAAAGAAGCCAAGGCCUAGUGAGCAAUCCCUGAGAUGCCCUAGAUGUGAUUCCAACAACACCAAGUUUUGUUAUUACAAUAAUUACAGUCUUUCACAGCCAAGGUACUUCUGUAAAUCUUGCAGGAGGUACUGGACUAAAGGUGGAACAUUGAGAAAUGUUCCAAUGGGUGGAGGGUGCAGGAAGAACAAAAGAGCAUCAGCAAAGAGAAGCCAAGAUCAACCAUUGACAGCAAGUUCCCCCAGUCCUUCUAGCUCUUCUUUAACACCUCUAUCAUAUGAUUCCAGUGAUCUCAGCCUUGCAAUUGCCGGUCUUCCACAUCAGGCAACCGGAGUAAUGGGAUUUGACGGCCACGAUUAUUCCAUAUUAGGUAAUCCCAACAUCCCUUGUUACGGUUCUGGGCUUUUCGAUGAAUUUAGGAGCCGAUUUCUUGAAAUCCCGAAUCAUGAAUUUCACAAUCCGUACUACGGGAAUGGAAACAUGGGAUAUUUGGGAACUGGUGGGACGAACACGCAAAUUGAAGAGCUGAGUGCUGCACAAACAAGAGCGAAGCAAGAAAUGCACAAUACAAGAGAAGAUGAAAGAAGAGAAUUGUGGGGAUUCCCAUGGCAGCAAUUUGGCAAUGGGGAUGCAAAUAAUGUGAAUGGAAUUGCCACAUCUUGGCAUGGACUUCUCAAUACCCCUCUCAUGUAGAGAGAGACUCAGUUAGAAAAAUCAAGAUAUGCAACAAGAAUAUCUAAUUUUUAUAUUAUUAGUUUUGUUUGUAUCAAGAGAUUUGAUUCACUUGAAUCAUUCCUUUGUUCUUUUCUUGUCUCUGAACUAAUGAAAUUUCAAAUUUGUUCUUCUCUCCAUUAAAGUAAGAAACUGGUGAUGUAUUUUCAA